AUGGCGGCCACGAGACCAGCACUGUGCCUGCUGUGCCACGUCCUCCUUGUCGCCGUCGCGGCGGCCGCGGGUGACGACCGCGGCAAGAUCGGCAUCUGCCACGGCCGCGUGGGCGGCAACCUCCCCGCGCCGCAGGCCGCGGCGGCGCUGCUGCGGCAGAACGGGGUCACCAGGGCGCGGCUCUUCCUCCCGGACCCCGCCGUGCUCCCGGCCUUCGCCGCGGCGGGGAUCGACCUCGUGGUGGGCGUGCCCAACGAGAACCUCACCUUCCUCGCGUCCUCGGGGCCCGAGGGCGCGGCGCGGUGGCUGCGGUCCGCGGUGCUGGCGCACGCCCCCGCCGCGCGCGUCCGCUACCUCGCCGCCGGCAACGAGGUGCUGUACGGCGACAGGUCCUACGCGCCGAGCCUCGUCCCCGCCAUGCGGAACCUGCACGCCGCGCUCGCCGCGAUGGGGCUCGAGGGGAGCGUCAAGGUCUCCUCCGCGCACGCCUCCUCCGUGCUCGCCGCGUCCUACCCGCCCUCCGCAGGGGCCUUCGACGCGGCGGCGCUCCCCGUCCUCCGCCCCAUGCUGCGGUUCCUGGCCGACACCGGCGCGCCCUUCAUGGUCAACACCUACCCGUUCAUCAGCUACGCCAACGACCCGGCCAACGUGCCGCUCGACUACGCGCUCUUCGGCGCGGGCGCGACGCCGGUGCGGGACGGCGCGCUGGCGUACACGAACCUGUUCGACGCCACGGUCGACGCGCUGGUGGCCGCGCUCGAGAAGGAGGGGUUCGGCGGCGUGCCGGUCGCGGUGACCGAGACCGGCUGGCCCACCGCGGGGCACCCGGCCGCGACACCGCAGAACGCCGCCGCGUACAACGCCGAGAUCGUCGGGAGGGCAGCGCGCGGCGUGGGCACGCCGAGGCGGCCCGGCGUGCCCGUGGAGGUGUUCCUGUUCGACCAGUACGACGAGGACGGCAAGCCCGGCGCCGAGUUCGAGAGGCACUUCGGCAUCUUCAGGGCGGAUGGGAGCAAGGCGUACGACAUCAACUUCGCGUAGAGUAGAGUGGAUCCUGGUAGGACUGACGGGGGCGCUGAUGAUUUGUGAAUCAACUGGUGGUGUAUUGUCCAAGCUUUUUAAAAAAUCUCUGUACGCCUCUGUAACUUUCGUUCUGCUGUCUCAUGGUUCAUGACUGGUUUGCAAACCUCUGUGGGUGUAAGAGCUGCUGUUCGUU